AAUUUACCACGGGGGUGUCAGGAAUUUCAAUCUUUGCUUCCAAAACAGACUGGCAGCCUGGGGGCCAAAGUGGGGAGUGAGUAGGAUCCCACACACAUUUUUUUUUUCUUUGGGUUGAACACUGUACUAGCAGUAUUAUCUUCUUCAUUCUGGGUACUCCAUCUUUUCAUUGGGGUACAUCUCUUUUUAAAGUGACAUUUUUCGGCAUGUAAAGCUCCACUGUCUUGGACAAGGAUGCCAACAGCCCAUAAACAAACAUUGCUUAAUUUUGGAGAAUUCUUGUGCGCCAGUGGGAAUGCCUGAGAAAAAGUGAUCAAGUGCAGCUCCCGAGGCAAGGACGGAGUGCAGGAUUAUGUUGGCUGCAACUAUCACAGCAGCUCUGAUCUAUUUUAUGGUGCAAAGCUCUGGAGUCUUGGCCCUUGGUACAGCAUGUUGGGAUGAACGCCUAUCGCGAGCGGGGAGAAACAGCAGCUGUGUGGCUUCACAGCCCUUCUUGAUAUUCGGCCAUGGUAAAGCCAUUCAUCGGAUGGACCUUGAUGGGAAGAACCAGAGAAGGCUUGUGGCUGGGGUGGCAAGUUCUAUCCUGCUCGACUUUCAUUUCAGAGAAGAGAGAGUUUACUGGGCCAACAAACACACAGGGGUCAUCUACAAAGCAUCAGUGAGGGGAGCACACAGACAGAAACUGUACUCAUCUGACAAACAUAUCACGGGCCUUGCAGUGGACUGGAUUUGGAACAGUGUAUAUUGGACAAGUGGAGAAAAGGGAAAAAUCAAGAGAAUGGAUAAAAAUGGGAAAAAUGAAAGGACUCUUUUAAGACACUUGACGCAACCAAGUUCCCUAACAGUUGACCCCACCAACAGGUUUCUGUUUUGGCUGUCUGGUGGGAUGAUUCCGAGUAUCCAGCGGUAUGAUGUGGCAGGUCAGAUGAAAACUACGCUCAUUAAAAUGUCGGAACAACUGAGAGCGCUGUCGAUUGACAGACAGGAGAAAAGGCUGUUCUGGGUUCAGUUUGGUCUGCAAGGAGAAAGUGCCAUUGCCUCUUGUGAUUACAACGGGAAUGUCCUGCACAUCAUAGAUCACCCACUUCAGGCUCAGUCACUGGGGAUAUCAGUUUUUCUGGAGCAUUUAUACUACAAUGAUGCUGCGUCUCAGGUUAUAAAAAAAGUAAACAAGCACACUGGUGGACAGUCGCUGAGUGUUAACAUAAAACCAAUGGCAAAACCUGCAGUUGAUAUUAAGGUGGUACAUCCCCUCAACCAGCCAAUGGCAGACUCCCAAUCAUCAUUUCCAGGUUGUGACGAACAAAGGGGAAAUUGUGUCGAUGUGUGUUCCAGUCUAGCCGAGCAGGGGACUUGCCAGUGCAGUGAGGGCUUUGCACUCAAUAAGCAAGGCACUCAUUGUGAAGAUGUGAAUGAAUGUGCCUUCUGGAACCAUGGCUGCUCUCUUGGUUGUGAAAACAUCCCAGGCUCCUAUUUCUGCACCUGCCCUAAAGGAUAUGCCCUCCUACCAGACAGGAAGACAUGUCAAGAGAUCACACCAUGUGAAGGCAAUAUCAAGUGUGGCCACGGAUGCCUGACAACAGAUGAGGGUGCUGUCUGUGUGUGUCCUGAGGGAUCUUUACUAAAAGAGGAUGGACAAGCCUGUACUGGCUGCUCAUCUGCAGACAGAGGGGGCUGCAGUCAGCUCUGUACUCCUGUCACUCCUAGUAGGUGGCAGUGCGGUUGUGUGCCUGGCUACCAGCUCCACCAUGAUGGCAAGCGCUGCAUUGCUUCUGGACCACCACCUUAUCUACUAGUUGCCAAUCUAGUGGAUGUGCGACAAAUUAAUCCUGAUGGCACUGGGGAUCAAACCCUUGUGGAGGAGCCCAGAGGAACAAUCAUAGGUUUGGACUAUGACCCUGUCCAGAACAAUGUUUACUUUGCUAGUACAAGCCAGAAGACAAUUGAGCGGGUUGAUUUAAACGGUGGGUCCAGAGAACUUCUUGUCUCUGAUGGAUUGGAGUCUCCAGAAGGACUAGCAAUUGACUGGGUGUACCGCAGGAUGUACUGGACAGAUAAAAGCCAGUCAACUGUGGAGUGCAGUACCUUGACUGGACUGAACAGAGAAAGCAUUGUAAACACAGGGCUGGAAAAACCAAGAGGAAUCGCUGUUCAUCCUUUGGCAAAGAAGUUGUUCUGGACUGAUAUAGGCGCCCAGCCUGUCGUGGAAAGUGCCUCUUUGGAAGGGAAAGACCGUGUAGUCAUUGCUAGCACCAACCUUGUGUCACCAAGCGGUCUGACCAUCGAUUUCACCGCGGAUCGCCUGUUCUGGUGCGACCAGAGCAGCGGCCUGGUGGAGACGUCUGCACUGGAUGGUUCAGAUCGACAGGUCCUGUUAGAGAACCAAGUAGGCCGACCUUUCGACCUUGCAGUAUUUGAGGACAGGUUGUGGAUAUCUGAUUGGGAGCACCGGCAGCUGAGGAGCGUACACAAGUGGACUGGGAAAAAGCUGCAACGUAUCCAUGACCACAUGGUCCAACCAGCAUCCAUAGUGGUGGUGCAUCCCCUUGCUAAACCAGGAGCAGACGUUUGCCUUCACCUGAAUGGAGGUUGUGCCCAGGUGUGCGAAAGCAUAUUGGGAUUCGCCCACUGCUCCUGCCUGCCACGCUACGUCUUAUCAGCUGAUAGAAAAAGCUGCUUGCUUGCAGAUGCUUCGAAUGGAACAGCAGAAUCUGGAGACCGUGAAUCGACUGAAGUAACGUCUCUCAAAAACAAGACAUUCAAUGAUGAGGGCACUCCCCUGACAACACCUGGCCUGUCCAGUGAUAAAGUGGAGGCUGAUUUAGACUCUGAUGUAGGCAGGGAGACAACUCUCUUCACAGACAAGAUGGUUUCAGACCAGAAUGAGUGUUACUCACUUCGCUGUGAUGUAAAUGCACAGUGCCUGAUGAAUGCUGGCAGCCCAACCUGUCUAUGUCUAGAAGGUUUUACAGGUGAUGGACAGUUGUGUGUGGAUAUUGAUGAGUGUAAACAGGGAACACACAAGUGUGACAACAAUGCAGAAUGCCAAAAUACUUUGGGGAAGCAUCUCUGCAAGUGCCAGGCUGGAUACCACGGCAAUGGGAAGACAUGCCAAGAGUUGGAGACCACAUCGCCAUGGGUAACAACUGGUAGUCCUGCUGAUGUCACCACCCAACACCACAACAGUAACUCAGUACAGACUUGCCCCUCCACCCAUGAAUCCUACUGUCUGUACCAGGGUGUCUGCUUCUACUUUCCUGAAAUGGAGUCCUAUGCUUGCAAUUGUGUAUCAGGCUACAUGGGGGAGCGAUGUCAGUUCAGUGACCUGGAGUGGUGGGAUCUUCAGCAGGCUGAGGAGGAGAAAAGAAGAAACGUGGUAAUUGCGGCCUGCAUGGUGGUCCUCGUUUCCCUGCUCUCCAUCGCUGCCUGUGUCACCUACUGCUACGGAACCAGGAAAUUCUUCCAAAAACAAGCCUCAGUGGAUAAUGUGAGUGAGACCAGCGUGACAGAUGAGAGCAUGUCAGAGACCACUACUACUAGUGUGCCUCGGUUCUACAUGGUGGUAGAAAAUGGCGUGGAGGGAAUGGUAAUCCCUGCCGUGGGCUGUCCCAGGAGAGCUGUCUGUCCAUCCUGCUCUUCAGAAACAGGUGACAACCCAGUAGCUGAAGAGGCGGGAACAUUGUCCAAACACAACAGAGGGUACGAGUGCUCCAUGGUGUCGGCUGUUGCCAUGGAGACCACCCAACCCGCUGUCCCUCACUCAAGUCCAUCGGUGUCAAGCUCAUUUCCUUGUACGUCUUUCGAGCCACCACUGCUCUCCCAGACUCCCAGCCCAGAGUCCUCUGCUUCCUAGUUAACCAGAGAGACUGACAGAGAUGUACAGUUAAACGCACAUACACUGCACAACAUCUGGCUGAUGUACAAACUGCAAAUUAAGAGUUUCACUCCAAAUUAAAAUGCCUCAUGAAUGAAGAAAAUGUCACAUAAGCUGUUGCCUACCUAAAAGUUAUUUGUGGCAUUACUGAAUGAACAUGAAUCUGGUAUGCUACUCUCAGCUGUAGAUUUCUAUUAUACACAAAAUGUAAUGCCAGGCUAGUUCAUGAAAGCCAUUGAAAAAUACAGGUACCUGGUAGCACUACCCAGAAUAAAUCAUUCAGUGGUACACAGAAAAUAAUUGAUCUUAUAAGAUGUAGUGACAAACAGCAAUUUGUUCGAGACAGAAAAAAACACUAGCUAUUAAAAGUCAAACUGAACUAAAAGUAAUGCAAGGAAAAAAGAAACACAGAACUUAACACUCAGACUGUUAAGACCUAAUCAAACAUUUCUAAACUAGUAUUUGGAUUAGAACUCUUCCAUGCAUUCACAUUUACCUGAUAUUGUAGCUGACAAUAUAUUUAUGUAAAAUACAUAAUGUACAGUAUGUCUUAUUUACAAAAUUACAAAGUAGAUCCAAAGUAUAUCAUCAUAUUAUCGAAUGUUAUAAAAGCUAAUAUAGACAAAAAAUAUAUAAAUAAACAAAUGACAUAUACAAACUGAGUAGCAAAUGAACAAUAAAAUCUGAUUACAAUUUUGAAAAAAAUGUUUUCACUGCUUGCUUUUGAUAGAGAUUGAAGAAUCACUUCCGCUUACAAGUUGUCAUGGGCCAUUUUUAGAAAGGUUUUAUCGUUUGAUUUCUGUUUGUCCAGCAUGAAGCAUAUGUAUAAGGACCUUGAUUCACAUUUUAUUUUAUACCCGAGUCAAUUUUAUUUGUAUAGCUCAAGAUUACAACUUUGCUCAAUGACUUUUACAUGUUUCAUGAUUAGUCCCCACAAGAACCCCCCAGGAUGGGGAAGCCUAAUAAAAACAUUGGACCCUGCAGGGUGUUUUAGAAUAUUUAUAUACAUCUACCAAUGAAUAAUUGACAUUUAUACUAAAGGAUGUCACUCCUCACAUCAAAAAGGUGUAAAUGCUGUUAGGUCAGCCUCUUCAUUAAAGUAAACAAUGUUUCUUGUGUGAGUGCUGAUAUGUCCACACAUCUUGUCUGCUAAAUAAACUUUAUGCUACCAUUACAUGUUUAAUAAUUAGCAAAUAUCUAAACACGUUUCUCAAAUUGCUUGCAUUAAGCUGGUGCAGGAGAGCAAACGAUGAAGAGUGAUUGCUUGCUUGUGUUUUGUUGUUUAGAUAUCACGUUCAUGAUUUCCUCAUUUGUUCCAUAUUUCAUGGAAUAGUUUUGAGAGGUUUUCCAUUAAGUAUAUCGUAACUCCUAAUAUUUAUCACUACCCACUGCAAGUGUAAGCGCUCAAUUUUGAUGUGUUGCUGUUCACAUUAUAUCCAGUGUGAACAGGUCACAGUCCUGAAGUUUCCUGCAUGACAUAGGUCGAUCCAGAGUGACUCAAAAGUCACAUGAAUUAUGAUACAACUGUUCCCACUGAGGCUGCAUUACUAAAAACUCAGACCUGUAUCUAAUUUGGAUCACAUAUGACCAAAUCAGAACUAUAAAAAGGUCACAUUCAGUGUGAUUUGAGAUGUUCACACUGUCAUUAGCAAAAGAUAAAUAAAUAAUAUGACACGGGUCACCUUUAUGUUACUUAUCUUGCAUUCAGCUCCAAUUAAUUAAAUGUAAUAUAAACCAUGUGAACACUGAAAAUGCACCACAUGUGCCUGCCUGGUAACAUCUAGUCAAAGCUAGCUAGUACGUCAGCACAUUUACUUACACCAGCUAACUCAACUAACCUGGCAACUGUGAUAUUGUUAGCAAAUGGUAAAUUUAUUUUUAUACAAAAAUCUAGGUAUGUUUCCUUACGCCAAAGGACUAUACUUUUAGAAAUAAGCUGAGGGUAACUGAAGUGAAUUGCUGACUGACUGAUUUGGACAGUUUGUUUAGGAAAGGGAAUGUAUCUUGCUAUUGAUGUCUACCUAAUUUCUUUUUAUAUUUUAACUAGCUAAACACUAGUAAUAUUUAUUUGGAGAGCACAAGCAACAUUUAGCAAUUUUAUUCACACUGUAUCCAGCUCUGAUUGUGUAAUAUUUUCAGCCCAUAUGUACUAUUACUGGAAUUAGAAAACUGUAUGAUGAAGCUUGCUUUUAUUUCAAUUAAUAAAACUAUAUUCACAAAAAAUGUGCUGUGUAAAUAACUGCAACAUAUUUAGCACUGA